AAGUUGCUUGAAGAGAUCGCUUGCAUUAUAGAAUGUCAUUUAUGCGGAUGUCUGGUUAAACAGUUUGUAUUUCUCCUUGUUUCUUUCUUUAUUUUCUUGCUAUUGGCUUUCUAUAACACGCUACUUUCUUUUAUAAUCUUCUCUGGGACCGUGUGCGAGAAGAGAGAGAGAGAGAGAGAGAGAGAGAGAGAGUUGCACAUUUCUGGGUUGAAGGCAUGGCUUCCAAGCUGUUACUCGUCGUGGUGUUCGUUUUGGAUCUGAUAGCUUUUGCUCUUGCUGUUGCUGCUGAGCAGAGAAGGACCAAAGGCAAGCAAACUACAGAUGCAACACGCAAUUAUUGUGUCUAUGAUUCUGACAUUGCAACUGGCUUAGGGGUGGGUUCAUUCCUGUUCCUAAUGGCUAGUCAAGUCCUGGUAGCAGUGGCAAGUCGUUGCUUGUGCUGUGGGAAAGCUUUGAGACCAAGUGCUCCAAGGGCAUGGGCAAUAUGCUUAUUCAUCACCUGCUGGGUGACAUUUGUUAUUGCCGAGGCGUGCUUGCUGGCUGGUUCUGUGAGGAAUGCCUACCACACCAAAUACACGACUAAAUUGACAGACAACCCCCCUUCAUGCGAGAUGUUGAGAAGAGGGAUCUUCGGUGCUGGGGCCGCUUUUGUGGUCUUAACAGGCGUAUUCUCUGAGCUUUAUUAUGUUAGCUAUUCCAAGGCCAACGACGAUCAUAUGUCUUCCUAUGCCAGGGACACUGGUGUGAGGAUGGGGAGCCUAUAGGCUAAGUUGAGCACUAUUUGGAGAGAGACUUGAGAUAUUCUAAUGUGUAAUAGUUCAGUUAAUUGAUUUUCACAUCAUGUGUAUGAAAACGUAAGUGUUAGUUCAUGUAAUUGGGUAUGCACAUCUUAUACAUGGAGUUGCAUUAGGAUUCAUCUCUGUAGACCUAUUUUGUGUUUUAUACAUGUACUGCCAAACCUUUGUGCU